CGCUACUCUACAUUUCUGCUAUUCUUUUACAAUCGCUAUUCAAAUGAAACUCUUGUCAACUGCUGUUGUCGCCCUUGGUGUCGCAUGUGCUUCAUGCGCUGAUGGUGAACUCGACUUUGGUACCUUGGGAUCACCCGUUCCAGUAGAUGCUCCCCCAGCUGGAGGUCUGGACCCCUUCGCCGGAGUUGACUUUGGUACCUUGGGAUCACCCGUUCCAGUAGAUGCUCCCGCCGUUGGAGGUGCAGCUCCAGAUGUUCUCGCACUUCCAGAAUCUAAACUUGCUCUUGUUGAAGAUGAGGACCUUGUUGUUGGACUAAAGCCAGUUGUUUUGGACUUGCUCAAGAGUGGACAUGAACAUGUCGUGGUUGAAUCAGUUAAUUAUGGGCGUCGUCAGUACUUCUCUUUUACCCCUGAACCCGGAUUCUUCCUCAAGGAAGUUCUCUUUGAGGGCCACUUUUGGAAAAGGCGCCCUGGUCAGGAUGUUACCAGCCUAGUUGUUUCAUACGACGGUGAUAAGCUUGAGCAUGCUCACUUUUUCUUCGCUGACGGUACCUCCUGGGUGAAGACUUUUGGUGUCCAAGUGGAGGUAGACAACACAGAUAUUGACAACAUGGUAGAGAAACACUUGGCUGCAGGAGCUACGGCUUUAAGAGGUGCCGCAAAGCCUGCUGUUGUCGCCCUUGGUGUCGCAUGUGCUUCAUGCGCUGAUGGUGAACUCGACUUUGGUACUUUGGGAUCUCCCGUAUAAACAUUUAGCCACAUCGAGACUGCCCAGUACAUAUCCGAAAAUUGGAUUCACACGUCCUUUGGGUCAUUGGAAUCUCGAAGCAUUCUCCGGUUGCCUCGGAACUGCAAGGAAGAAUGAUACACACGAUCCAUUCAACUUGCACGGGGAGUGAACUGGCACAAGUGCAGUAGAAAAGGUUAAACAUCUUUUGGUCGCAACUAUUUGCGAUUUUACACACCGUGGAUGGCGGAAUAACGCAGAAAAACUCUUGUCAACUGCUGUCGUCGCCUUUGGCAUCGCAUUCGUCUCAUGUGAAGAUGAACUUGCUAUCCAUUUGUUGAAGUGUCUUCCCCUGGUUUUCCGGCUGCCCCUGUUGAUCCUCUCGCUGGACUCUACUUUGGGAGUGCUUUAGCAGGCGAACCAGUUCAUGAAGAUGCUCUCGGAGAUGCUGAAUGAAGUUGGUAUUAAAUGCAGUUUACAAAAUUUCGUUUCAAGAGGAUAUGUAUGGUCUCUAGAAAACCUUGGGGUAACGAUAAGUUACCGCACAUACUCCGCGAAACUUGAGCCUAUCU